ACGGCGGAGAGCGAAGGUGGGGAAGCAAGAUGGCUGCAACUAAGAGGAAACGGCGUGGAGGCUCGGCGGUUCAGGCGAAGAAGCCAAAAAGAAACGGGAAAGAUGCCGGGCCGUCAGCUAAGCCGCGCGUCAUGGUAGAGGAAGUGGAGGAGGAAGAGAGAGACCGUAUCCCAGGCCCCGUUUGCAAGGGCAAGUGGAUAAAUAAGGAACGGAUUCUUAUCUUUUCUUCCAGAGGAAUAAAUUUCAGAACAAGACAUUUAAUGCAGGACUUGAGAAUGCUGAUGCCUCAUUCUAAAGCAGAUACUAAAAUGGAUCGUAAAGAUAAAUUAUUUGUGAUUAAUGAGGUCUGUGAAAUGAAAAACUGCAAUAAAUGCAUCUAUUUUGAAGCCAAGAAAAAACAGGAUCUGUAUAUGUGGCUUUCAAAUUCACCUCAUGGGCCAUCUGCCAAAUUUCUUGUUCAAAAUAUUCAUACCCUAGCUGAACUAAAGAUGACUGGAAACUGUUUGAAAGGUUCUCGGCCACUUUUGUCUUUUGACCCUGCUUUUGAUGAAUUACCACAUUAUGCUUUGUUAAAAGAACUCUUAAUUCAGAUAUUUAGCACGCCACGGUAUCAUCCCAAAAGCCAGCCAUUUGUGGACCAUGUGUUUACUUUUACCAUUUUGGAUAAUAGGAUAUGGUUUCGGAACUUUCAGAUCAUAGAAGAAGAUGCUGCUCUUGUAGAAAUAGGACCUCGUUUUGUCUUAAAUCUCAUAAAGAUUUUCCAGGGAAGUUUUGGAGGACCAACUUUAUAUGAGAAUCCUCACUACCAGUCGCCAAACAUGCAUCGGCGUAUCAUAAGAUCUAUCACAGCUGCAAAAUAUAGAGAGAAACAGCAAGUGAAAGAUGUGCAGAAAUUGAGAAAGAAGGAGCCAAAGACAAUUCUUCCACAUGACCCCACUGAAGAUGUUUUUGCUAUACCAGCUGAGGAAAAGCCAAUAGAAAUACAGUGGGUAAAACCAGAGCCAAAAGUCGAUUUGAAAGCUAGAAAGAAAAGGAUUUACAAAAGGCAAAGAAAAAUGAAACAGAAGAUGGGUGCUAGGAAUGCAAAAUGAAUCAAUGCAUAACUAACUUGCUUUUCAGUUAUCUUAUAUUUAUUUUGUAUUCAUUGUGUAAAUACUUCUUUUAUCCAGGAUGAUCUUAUGUCUAAUUAGUGGAUCAUUUAAAAGAAAGAAAAAUUAAAAUUCUUAAAUCAGUGAUGUAUACCUUUUUCUAAAUAAAGUAUCACCAGAAUCAAUCA